UGUCGGUUGUGAAAGCCUUGAUUAUUUUCCAUACAUAUAUCUCUAUAUGUAUUUCUUAUUUUUCGUUUCACAUUUCGCUUGAUUUGUUUACGCGUUUCGUCGUUCCGUUCGUCGUUCUGUUCGUCGUUCCGUUCGUCUGGUGUGAAUAAUAAACUCAUAGAUACUCUGUGUGACGCAGCAGCCCAAUCAAAGCGGAAUCACUUAAAGGGCUUUAAUUGUGCGUGGGCCAAGCCCCACAGAAUUAUCUCAAAGAUACUCGUUAGAUUGGCCAUCUUGAGUGCAUCGUCGGUAGCCAAGAAGAUUGUGUGUGUUUGUGUACUUUCUUGAAUGUCUGAUACGAACAAAGGAACCAAAGUUCUCUUUGACAACGAACCGUUUGGGAUUAUCUAAUACGCAAUCCGAUUUUUGGGAGAAGAGAAAACUUACGCAUCAAGCAUAACAACAUGUAUAAAUAGCAUCAAAAGACUACGAAGAAAUCAAAAUGAAAAGUGCAGCAUAGAAAACAAAAAAUCGAAGGGAAAACGGGAAAAAUCCAAACCAAAUAAAAAUGUGCAACCAAUCAAUGGAGUUGAAUCGCUCAAAAACAAAAACGAGCCAAUAACUAAAAAUACAGCAAAAGUGAAGCAGAGACACAACACUGCCAAGAACAGGCAACUUGGCAACAUCGCAGCGUUGGUCCGCAGCGGACUGGCCAAAAAUAAACCGGCAGCAACAUACGCCUGCAACAACUAGAUGUUGUUGCUGCUGCUCGCCUUCAUCAUGAGAUUCGUAGACAUUUCCAAACGCUGUCCCGCCUGCUCCAGGGCCGGCAUCGAUUGCACCCACCACACCGGCGGCCACGGCAAUCCAGCGCACAGCGAUGCCAAUGGCAACCACACGGCCUGCUGGCAACAUGUCCACAAUGGUGCCACCAGCAACAUCAACAGCAACAUCAAUAGCAACAGCAGCAACAACAGCAGCAACAGCAACAGCAGCAGCACCAGCAGCGGCUGCGACAGCAACAGCUCCUCCAAGGAGAACUACUAUGCGCCGCAGCAGCUGCAACAUCAGCGGCACCAGCACACGAAACAUGGCAACAUUGGCGUUAGUCCGCAUCAACUCGAGCAGAUACGCUUCUACCAGCGCAUGCAGCAGCAGCAGUUGCAACUGUUGCAGCAGCAGUUGCUGCAGCGUCGUCGCCUGCAACAGCAACUGCUGCAACAAGGCGUGCCCUCGCCUCCGGCAGCGGCAACAGAAAAAACUACAACGGCGGCUCUCACCUGCAAUCAACAGUAUUUGCGGCAGCAGCGACUGCAGCAGCAACAACUGCAGCAGCAGCAGCAGCAGCAACAACAGCAGCAGCAACUUUAUGUGGACCACAACAGCAACAAUGACAAUGACUAUCUGAACAACUAUCUGAACAACAGCAUUAACCAGCGAAACAAUGGCAGAGUUUUGGGCCAAGGCACAAAAAUUCGACGUGGCAUGACAGAAUUCUCAACAAACAACGAUCACAGCAAACCGCAUUUCACCGCAUCUCAGCAGAAGCCGCCUCAGAACUCACCCAUCCAUCAGCAAGCAUUCACUCCAUCCAAUCCCAACUCUCACCCCCAUCUGCUUCAACGAUUGGCCCAACAGCAGCAGCAACAGCAGCAGCAGCAGCAGCAGCAGCAUAAGCGUCCCCAUAAGUUUCAGCAGACCUUGCCCUUCAGCCAGCUAAACAACGGCAACAACACGGCUGCCCACAUUCUGCCCGGAUCAUCGCCACAUUCCCCGCUCAGCUACCGCAAUCCGCUGAACAGUCCCAGCAACUCGCCAUUCAGCAGUUCCACGGCACAGGCGACGAUUGGGAAGCGGUACCAGCAGCAGCAGCUGACCGAUCGCCUGUUGCAGCAGCAACAUCUGCAGCAGUGCCAGCAGCAGCAACUGCAAUCGCUGGGCGGCAGCGAUGUGGAGGAGGAUCUGGCUGCGGAGGAACUGAGCGAGGAGAGUCUCAAGCAGAAUGUGGCCAUUGUGCUGAGCAACUUGGAUCGGUAUAACAACGCCUUGCGCAGCAUUAUCCUGAAUGAGCAGGUGAGCAGCAGCCUCAUCACGCCCAGCGACAGUCUCCUGUUUGGCGAGGACUCCAGUGGUCUGCUGUACUGCGACAACGACAACUCCAGGAAGCAUCAGGGCAACAAUAACUUUGCACUGGGCAAGAUGGCAGCCACGCCGGAAUCGGAUUAUAAUAGCAAUGCAACCACGCCAGGAGGUCGCAGCAACGAGCAGCAGUUACAGUUGCAACAGCAGCAGCAACAACAGCAGCAGCAGCAACUUGGGGUAGGUGGGAUGCUUUGUGGUGGUGGUGGCAUUGGUGGCGUUGGUGGCGGGAUGCGGGAAACUACUAAUGGCGGUGGCAACAAUCUCAACUGCUCGUUGGCCUCGUCGCACGACUUUACUCACGACAAUUCCGAUUACCAGUGGUUCCUGGACUACGGCUACCGAGAUGGCUGCGGCGGAAUGCAGCGCAGCGUUUUGAGUUCCCUCUCGGCCUCGUACAAUGCGAUGGGUGAUCUGAUCUACUACGAGGAUCUGGCCAAGAAUCUGGACGCCAAUCUGGCCGAGGUGGACAUGGAGAGUUUCCGGGCGGAGGACAUACAUUCCCUGCUCUCGCAGCUGCCCGCCUAUUGCAAGAGCUUGGGCGGUGCCAACAGUCGUCUUCAGCAAUCGUUGCUGCUUCAGCAGCAGCAACAGCAGCAGCAACAACAGCAGCAGCUGCAACAGCAACAGGUGCUGCAACACAGCAAUAUGUUGCAGCACAACAUGUCCCAGACGUCGACUACCUCCACAAACGAACUGAUCGACAACUCCUUCUGCAAGUCGGAGUUGCUCUUUUCGCCGGUGCGGGAGUCGCACAUCUCGGUGGACUCCCUGGACAUGGACGCCUAUCCGGACGACGGCGAGAUUAUACUCACGUGCAACAAGGACAACUACACGAUCGCCUUCGAGGGCAGUGUGCUCUACUCGGAUGAUAGUUUCUAUGCGGAUCCCAGUGACAUUGCCGCCAGGAACAAACAGAACUGCAUCAACUUGCACAGCAAUCUGGAGGACAUAGUGAAGCGCAACAAAGCCCUGGAGGUCUCCAUGUCGCGUUCGGCCCAGGCUUUCCAGCCACUCUGUCCCAUGUCGCCCAAGGGACAGGCCGCCACUUCAUCGGCGGCCAAGCUGCAGCGACGCUCGUUAUUCCUUGUCUCGCCCGCUCGCAGGUAUCCCUCGGGGAACAACAACACGGAGACCAUCACCAUAACCAGACACCUACCGCAGUGCACCGUGCGGAAGAGCAGCAGUCUGCCCAAUCUGCAGAACGAGGAAUCCAUGGCGGGCAGUUGCCUCAAGGAGCAGGGCCCGGAGGAGCACGGACCACAGGCGGUGCCACUGAACGUCUCGCAGGCGAUCAGCACCUCCACCAUGGAGGCGGGCAAGUCGAGGUCCAGGAAUCUGCUGCCCAUGUGCCAGAUGCCCAUAUCCAUUAGUGUGUCGAUUUCGGAGCGGCUGCAGCAGCAGGCGGAUCAGCAGUUGCCCAUCGAACAGAUCACACCCACAGCACAGCAGCCACAACAGCAGCAUCACCACUCGCACCACCAUCGCCACAAGCAUCGCUGCAGCUGCUCGCAGGAGAGCCAGAAUUUCCACAUUUCCGGCUCUGCCUCCUCGGGCAACUCCUCCAAUCCGCCAGCCUUCAAUCUAGUCAAGCUGUUCAUCAAGCAGAAGAGCAGCAACAGCAGUGGCGGCCAGGAGGAUUUGGGUGCCCAGGCCAGUGCGCACACCUGCAUGGAUGUCUCUUCCGGCUGCUGGCCCUCCAGCGAUGCGGCCAGCUCCAGCAGUGGCUCCUUGGAGCAGCGACUGCGCAAGAAGAGUAUGAACGACUCGGGCAAGGGAUCGGCAGUCAGUCGGCAUGACGAGGAGGAGCACUACCCAGAAACGGAGACACCCAGACGUCAGUUGAGGGCCCGUUCGGAGGCAGUGUUCUACGACGAUGUCGCCACCUCCAGUUCCACGGGAUCGUUAACUGCGACCAAUUCACCAGCACAUCGUCGUCGCAGUAUGCCGCUAAGGAAUCCACAACUGUACCAACUGGCCGCCCAGGUGUCCACUGGCAGUCAAAUGUCCUCGGAGGCCAGCUCGGAGCAGCUAACCCAGGUGCCCAGGCGGUCGGAAGCGGGUUGCGGAACCAGUACGCGUCCGUUGUCGUGUGCCUCCAGCUCCGAAAUGAUCACGCGCUCCAUGCAGACCUCCUGCGGAUCGCUGAGCACCACCAGGAGCAGCCUGAGCGAACGCUAUCGCUGUGUGCCGCCCUCCUUCCUCGAGAAACUCAAUAACUUGGGCGAGGAGCGACAGGCGCCCAUUUACGUGAUCUAUCCAAACUAUGCCCUGCCCGACUUGGGAUUCGUUAAGACUAAUGCCAGCACAGACGUGAUCUUCUCGCCCUUCAACUACAAGAUGACGAUGGAUGGGGCGACUGCAAGUACCAGCAGCUCGGGAUCUUUAAAGAAGCAGCGCAACAACAGCCAGAGCGUGAGCGAUGAUGAAAUCCUCAAGACGCUGGACUACAAGCACGUUGCUGACUGGCAGUCGCUGGCCACCUUGCUGCCGACGGAAUACCGCCGGCGGCUGCAGCACAUUCCGGAGGUGAAGCACCUGGUGCGGCAACUGGAUGCGGAGCUAUCACAGCGCCCACUUUUCUGUAUGUCGCCGCCGCUGCGCCGAAAUCGCACGCACAUCUGCGACUGUGCCAAGUACUUCCAGGGCCAGCAGACCCACAUGGACGAGGCAUCCAGCUCGGGAUCCAGCCAGCAGCCCAGCUCCGGCUAUCGCGGCUCAUCCAUGCUGCUUACCGACUCGGAGCUGGACGUGGAUCCGCUGAAGCAGAUGUAUGUGUACCAGUACGAUCAGCAGCGCAUGGACUCGGGCGUGGAAACCAGUCCCGGUAGUCAGUUAACUCAAACCCCGCCGCAACCCAUGCCCCGCAGCAUUCUGCGCAAGGCACACUCCGCACAGGCGCGCUCCAAGCGCAACUCCAUGAUCGAGGCACAGCAGACGCAGAAGCUGACCAAGCUGGAGAAGCGGCGCAGUUUGCAGGAGCCACCGAACAACUACGGCCUGGGUUCCACCGACGAACUGGCCGAUGUCUUUGAGGAGGAGGAGCACAGUCAGCCAGCGCAGCCGGUGAAGCAGCGGCUUUCACGCAAGGAUCUGGAUGCCAGGGCUCGCGCUGAGAGCUUCCUGGCCUCCUUGCCGCGCUCUGAGCUCAAGUACUACGCGGAGAUUGCCUCGAUUCUGGAGUCUUCCGGCGAGCAGGUGACCUACGAUGCUGCUGCCCUGAAGAAGGAGGUGAGCCGUGUGCUUAGCCAGCAGAAGAAGGUGUCGUUCAAUGACGAGGGCGUGGCGGCCGGACUGCAGCAGCAUGCCAAACGCUUCGCCACGCCCCCCAAUUCGCCCAACAUCUCCAUGGGCGCAGUGAAGCGCGAUACCGUGGAUGUGCUGGAGCAGCGCAAGAUCGAAAGCAAUCGCUUCAAGCGCCUGCAAAUCCAGUGGGAGCUCAUGAGCAAGGACUCGAGCAUGCUCAAGGAGCUGGCCAGCGAGGCGGCCACCAAGAGCGGCGGCUCCACGCCCACCUCGGCCACUUCCACUGGCUCCAACUCGGCGCCAAGGUCAAGGAUUCCAAGGCCUGUUAGCUACCCAGCGGGCAGAAGUACCACGCCCACCUCGUCACGUGCUGCCCCCGUUUUGGCCACGCCCUCACCGGCUCGGCCGGCCAAUCCCAAGACUGUCACUAAAAGCCACAACAAACCCGGUCUCUUUACCUCCUCCCCCCGCCCUAGCAGACUGACCAGCGCCCAGGAAGCAGCCGGCGGAGCCAAGGUCAGCACUCGAUCGCCCAGCAGGAUGGUGCAGCCGAAGCGGUACAGCCUGGUCGGCACGACCACGCCCACAUCCGCAACCCCCACUUCGGCCAGGGCACGCACGCCCACCAAUCGGGUGGCGGUUACGGCGCCAAAUACGCCCAAACGCCAGGCGGUUGCCCAGUCGCCCAGACCCACCUCGCGAGUGCGUUGAGCGUCCACACGAGUCCAAGCGUCCAAGUCAUCCCAAUUAGUCAGCGGCAGACAACAGACAACACCACACCCCCCCAAAAAAAAAAAAACAAUCCAUUGAAGAGAAAAACACAGCAAAAAGCAAACAAAACAUAUUCAACAACCAGAAACAAUGCAACAUUGUAAAAUUCUAGACUAAGGCUUUGUGUGCGGCUCGAUUGCUUAGUUACUAUUGGCCCGGAAAGUGAUAUUUAGAUGGCAGAUGGUUUGAUCAGAUCAAAAAGAUUCGAUCGGAGCGAGAACUGAUAGCGAGAUGUGCUGGUAUCUUUGAUUGAUUUUGUUGUCCUUAUUUGCGGUAGAGCAGCGACGUCUGCGAGAGGAAGUAGCUAAAUUUUCUUUUUUUACAAAGUAUACAUAAUGAAAUCUAUACAUAUGCCAAGUACGCGUAAAUUAAACAAAUAUUUUGAUGUAUAUACACACACAAGACGAUAUAUAUAUAUAUAUAUGUACGCGUAGACUCGCUUUUCCACAACCUAUUCAAAAUGAAAUGACUAAGAUGACUUUGCUACCCACAGGAAACAUGAUGAACAUGAUGUGUAUAAAAUAUUUUCUAUACCCAAUGCAAAAAGGCAUAUACUGUCAAUACUCGAGCAGCAAACAAUACAAAAGUUACUGGGCCAAAAAACCAGAUAUAUUGGAUACCCGAAUACAAUAAUUGAAGAGCUCAAGAGCGGAUCCAAUCGAUAUUACGCCCCGGGUGCAUUAGAAUAAAUCUUAUUUGUUGCUAUUUCCAUGCUCAUGCUGAUCCUGAACGAAAAUAUGGAGAAAAUCAAGGAAAGAAAUUUCCAAAUGGCCUUUAAUUCAUUACUGAAUGCUUUGCAGUUUUUGAUUUGGUUUUUAACUCGCAAGAUCUGGUUUUGUUUGCAUUUUAUGCGGCAAUUUUCAUUUCGUUUGUAACGAGCUUAUGCUGUUGAGCGCAGGCUCAAAAAGUGAUUUCAAUUGUACGAUAUAUGUUUCCAGCUAUACCUACUAUUAAACUAACUAUUUUAUUUGUAUCUAUUUAAUAAUAUCCAUCUGUCUAUGACAUAACGUUAAUUGGUUAUUUAACUGCUGGAAGACAUCGUUUAGUUUGUACGCCUUAAGUCAAACACUUUUCUAUCUUUAAUUGUAUAGCUACUCUAAUUGUAUUAUGUACAAGCGGACGAACACACAUAUUAUAGAUUUGCGGGAGAAUUUAUCACCAAAUGGAUAUGCGGGAGUAUAUUAUGUAUUAAAACGAAAAGUAAAAAAUGUAUAAAAAUACAAAAUCAAUAAAAAUAUUAAUAAACAAGCAAAAAGUAUUAUGAAAAUAAAA